GUUAGAAUAAACCAAGAGUGUAUCUGCUUCUAUAGAAGAAGUGAACAUUUAAUAUCGGAUUGAUUUCUUUUCUAUUUUUGCUUCUUUUCUUUGGUCUGACUGAAAUGUUUCAGAUCAACAAACACAUUUCUGCAUCAGACAAGAUAACCGGAGUAAAUACAUAAUGCUGUUUGCAAAUUAUUAUUUCAUUUAUUACCAAAAUGUGUCUUCUCUAACUAAACUAGCCUCAUAUGGAAAAGUAACUGACCCCUAAACCUAUUGGGUGGUGGUAAUGCUGCAGAAAAACUACGUGAGAACUAGUAACGAGUCUCUCACACGACUAGGAACUUUGUCCCACUCUUGUUUUAAUUCAGCCACAUUUUGGAGUUUUUUCCUGUAAAACGGCCAGCUUAAGGUCAAAGGCCAGGUAAUCUCCUUAAUGAUUCUGGAGUGUAAAACAUUUAAGUAUUAAUUGUCUUUUAAUUGAAUAUUUUUUAAAUUUCUGUGAAUUAAUUUUCUGACUUGUUUGCCCAAAGAAAAACUAAAGUUUUAAAACUUGGUUCAUGAAGUUCAACAAUCAGCCGAAAAUGAAAAAAGUGAAAAUUAAGUUAAUAAAAAAAUAUUUUUGUGACUAUUCUUUCCAGAUUUGAAGAUUUUUUCUGUAUUAAUGGUUAAUGGUGGUACUCGGAUAUUCUAACUUCAAAGUAGAAAAAAAAUCUACUGAAAGUUGGAUCUCCCAGUCGACAAGUCUGAGAAUGUUUUUUACUUUGACUUCGAGGUCCACAAUGAUAGUGUCUCAUAACAACAGUUGCUGUGGUGGAAACGUGUUUAUUUUAAAACACACACUUGUGAGGGUGCAUCUAAAAUCAGUUUUACAUGUAGUAGAACUUUUGUUUUGUGGUAAAUCGUUAACAGCAUAGAAAUGUAAGAGUAGACACUAUAUCGGCUGCGCUUGUGGGGUCUACUUUUUUCAUUUUAUGGUCAACAGGUUGUUUUAGCCACAGCUUUAGCUCCAUGGAGAUCUGAACUCUCAUUUUGCAACAUUUUCCAAAUAGCUUUUGAUGGAACAGCAUGAUUAAACUUUAGCAAUUUUAUCUUGGCUUUUGGUUUUGAUGCCACUCUACACUCAUCAAUGUUCCCCAUCGGGCCAGUCCUUUCAAAACUUUCUGGAAGCAUCCCAGGCUCUUAGAGGGUGUCUGUCAGACAUUUCCACAUCAAUAUUAUUGUACAUUAUUCUUUAAACAUUAGUUCACAACAAUUUCCCCACAAGUGUGAUUAGGGAAUGGUUACUCAUUUAAGUGUGUGUAAAACUGAAAUGACCCUCAACACCUGAAAGCUGUGGGCGUGGCCAAGCUGGCGGAAAUGAAUGAAUCAUAUCAAACUGAGGAGAUGAAACCAUUUUCUACAUACCUAAUAAAAAGGCCUGACCACAAUGGACCUGACAACCAUCUAGCAGUGUCGUUAUGCUUGCUGGAUCCACCUCCAUCCUGCUUAGUGCUGCUGGUGGGAUUUGAAGUAAGGGCACCACUGCAGCAUACUGGUGCCACGUUACCGACUCUCACGCACUCGGUUUAAGGUAAUGCAGAGCCAAACAACCAAUCCUGGAGAUGCCGAAGAGAAGAGAUAUUCUUGCCAUCGUAUUGAUUGUGUUACCCUGGACUCUGCUCAUCACUGUUUGGCACCAAAGCGCUAUAGCUCCACUCCUCGCUAUCCGCAAGGCCUGUCACCACCUAGUAAAAGAGAUCUUUAUCAUUCCAGAGAGGUUCGCAGUCCACCACCACCGACUCUCAGAUGAAGGUGCCGAGGGCAAGAGGGAGGCUGGUGGCCAGGACUCAAAAGAAUACUGUGCCUCGGAUAAGGACAUUGUGGAGGUGGUGAGGACCGAGUAUGUGUACACGCGGCCUCCACCCUGGUCCGACGUGCUCCCAACAAUCCACAUCAUCACUCCCACAUACAGUCGACCCGUGCAGAAGGCCGAGCUGACGAGGCUUGCAAAUACUUUCCUCCAUGUCCCCAACCUUCACUGGAUCCUGGUAGAAGACUCACAACGAAGGACGCCCCUUGUCACGCGACUCCUCCGGGAGACGGGGCUAAACUACACACACCUAAACGUGGAGACACCCAGGAACUACAAGCUGAGAGGGGACACCCGUGACCCCAGAAUCCCGCGAGGGACCAUGCAGAGGAAUCUGGCCCUGAGGUGGUUAAGGGAAACCUUCAACCCCAACAGCAGCCAAGCUGGAAUCGUCUACUUUGCCGAUGAUGACAACACAUACAGCCUGGAGCUGUUUGAGGAGAUGAGAUCUACUCGGAAAGUUUCAGUGUGGCCUGUGGCCUUUGUGGGCGGCCUGCGCUAUGAGUCGCCCAAGGUGAAUGCAGCCGGGAAGGUCUAUGGCUGGAAGACGGUGUUCGACCCCCACCGGCCCUUUGCCAUCGACAUGGCUGGCUUCGCCAUCAACCUGAGGCUCAUCCUCUUCAAGCCACAGGCGUAUUUUAAGCUCCGUGGGGUGAAGGGAGGCUACCAGGAGAGCAGUUUGCUCCGAGAGCUUGUAACACUCAAUGACCUGGAGCCAAAAGCAGCAAACUGCACUAAGAUCCUCGUUUGGCACACGAGAACAGAGAAGCCUGUCCUUGUAAACGAGGGGAAGAAAGGUUUCACGGACCCUAACGUGGAGAUUUGACCAUUUCUCCCACAAAAUAUGGUGUUUGGCCUUGGAUUUGCAGGGAGGUUACGGAGCUCCUUGAGAAGUGCAAUCAUUGUCUUGAUGAAAAGAUGGAAAAAAUACACGAAUGGAAAGGAUUGGAUCCAAGAUUUUAUUCCCUUUGUAUCAAUUCCCAAACAUGGACCAAAACUGUACGUAAAUGUCACGUGAAAGCACAGACGAGUCAGAGGAGGCAGUCGUUUGUCGGUUCUGCUGAUGAAGAGCAGAGGGAGGGGGGGCAACAUCAUGGAUCCCUGCAACCCCACGGAACAAUGAACCUCCACAGGAACAGACAGCACAACACGAACAGCAAACAGCCGGCAUAGGCGGGCAAACAAGCUGGUUCAAAAGUUUAUUUUACCUAAAAAUGUUUUAAAAGGAUCUGCACAUGGAAAAUUCCAGUAAGGGAUGAAAUCGGCAGCACUGGAUUAAAACGAGGACAAAGACGUCUCAACGAUUUUCCUCUGAGCAAAGGCAACAAAGGAGGGAACUUUUUUUUUUUUGAUAACUGAAACGUUUGCUGUAAUUCAACAGGUUUUAUGAACACUUGACCUGCUAGCUCAGUAGUACUGACUCUUACCUGCAUUUACCGUUAGGUUAUUAUUCUCCAUCCACGUCAUUAAAACUCAUGCAUUCACAGUAACUCAUCCACACACUGAAAGACCCCUUGUGCUUGAAAAAAGCUGAGCUCAAACACACUCAAAACAAUUAAAUCUUAACUCUCUUCAUAGCACUUACAAACCACACGGAUUUCCCUUUGUGGUAAUGUGUAUAAACUGUAUGAGAUUUAUCAGAGGAAUGAAGAUUUAUAAAAAGUGCACUGUAACUACUGUAUCUGUGUGUGAAUGCAAAACAAAUAUAUUUUUUUCCUAACUAAUUUAUCAGAUUGACACAACAACUUAAGAUCAGAGUCAGGAAAUCUGAUCCCCCAUGGUGGUUCUCAGUCUUUAUUUUCUUAUGUGUUUUAGUGAGUGAAUAUUUAUUGUUGUCUAUGAACUUUCAAACCAUUAUCAGACACAGUUGGGGUCACACCCUCAUGAUGAGGUGUGGAAUGCCAUCAAUCUGCGGUCUUUAAUGAUUGAUUUGAACCAACUCCCUCAAUGUUUUAUAAAAACAAGAAUUACAUGCACACUUUUGAAUUUGGAGUGGAAAAUAUACAUAAGUUCAAAUGUAUUAUGAGAUGAUUUAAUUGACUGCACUUGGUUUUAUAGAGACUCAUCUGUCAACCACAAAUGAAAUUAGGAUGUACAAGAACAGCCUGACAACACCCAGUUCUUCAGUCCAUCUUAGGCUGGAAACCACCAGUACCAGUGUGGCUGUCCACACUGAAGCCUGUUUUACUAAAUAAUGGACUGAGAGAGUACCAACAAAGAAAGAAGCUUCUGCUUCAAACGCAGAAAAGGUUUGAUGGUCAGGCAGAACAAAGAUUGAGCUCUUUUGACAAAAUGACAAGAGGCAUUUGGAGAAGUCUGAUUGACGCUGUACUGAUUGUAAAGCAUGGUGGCGACAGUGUCAUGCACGUUGGAUGAGAUCAGAAAUAAGAAAUUGGACUACCUUUUUUUUUUUUUUUUCAAAUUCCCCCCAAAUCACUGGCUACAUGGUUUAACCUAAGUCACAUUCCAAAUGAACAGUGACCCCAAACACACAUCAGCACUAGGUUCUGAUUGGAUAAAGCAGGCAAAUGUUAAGAUUCUGGAAUGAAAUUCUGACAUUCUUGACCCUGUUGAGUAUUUAUGGACUAAAUAUAAAACUGUGGUCGGUGCAGAAAACCAACUACUUUAAGCAAAUUGAACAAAUUGUCCUGGUGGAAAUAUCCGGCCAGAACGGCACCAGAAGCGUGUAAAAACACUGUAGUCAAGGUGCAACUUGGCCAGUUUUAAUAUUAUACAUAUGAUCAACAAUAAAUUCAACCUUGUGAUCACAAUGCUUGGUUUUAAAUAUCACUGAAGUGGAAUGUUGUGUAAUUGUGCAUUUGAACAACAAUUCAAAUCAGUUAUUAAAAGUCCCAAAUUAAUGAGUGUGUGUAAACUUCUGACCUUUUUCACGCUGAUAGAAAAGAACAUAUCAAUUGAUAUUAAAACACUCAAAUGACAUAUAAAGUGCAACACCUGUGGCAAACUGCUCACUUAUUGAUCAGAUAAUAUAUAUUUAACUUAAGUUGAUGCACGCUAAAGAAGAGCAGAACAAAAUGCCACAGAGGUAAUGGCAGCCCAGUGGCGUUAGUACUGAUAGAGCCCCAAGUCUGCAGAGGAGAUCCAACGAUAGGCAUCAGGAGCGAUGAAACAGUACAGCUGAGCACUUUUACAAAGUUGUUCCACGCCUCACUGUACGAUAACACAGUCUCUCCUCUGCUUGACAAAUCGGCCAUCUGUAAUACACAGUGGUGGUCUUUUUCUAAUACCGUCUUGCUGUCGUAGCUUGAGAUAAUUUAAACAUUAAGCCUCAGUAAGAUAUCUGUGCAGCAUACUUGCCCCACCCCAACACACACACACACACACACACACACACACACACACACACACACACACACACACACGCUCCACCUAGCAUUAACUGCUGCAGAGAUGCUACAGCCACUCAGGCUCAUCAGCCAGAGAAACCCACAUUAUUACAAUCUUCCACUUGAGACUGAUCACAUGCAGACUGCUGAGGCUGCUUUCACUCACCACAUGAUAUUUACACUGAGCUGGGAAAUCACCAGCUAUCAUAUCCUUCCAUUAUUUAUUAAGCAUCAAAAAGGUUUAAUAUAUUUAUUUAUGUAUUUAUUUCAUGUCUGGAUGUGCACUUAAACUCCAGCAGCUGCUCUCUGAAACAGCAUGCUCACACGCUCGGUACGCUGCACACGGAUCAUUGUGUCGAUCGGCGAUAGGUUAGUGCUACCAGCGAGCGCAAAACACCUGCAGUAGGUACAUCUGUGUGCGUUCUUUCUGAGUGGUUCUUCUUAAUGAAAGAAUCCACCUGAAAUAGUUUAGCACUGAAACGAUCUAACAGGUAUAUAAUUUAGAAACAUGGCAAUGUUUCUAAAAUAUAUAUAUACAAAAAAAGCAUUUUUUCUUGUCAUGGUGCAGAUACACUCCUGUCACUAUGAUGUACAGAUCUGCACGAGGGGGGUUAGACUGGCACAGGGAAGUGUAAACAGUAUUCAAAGGGCUUACCCUUGAACAAGACGUUUCACUUUACAGCUGAUCUAAAUAGUUAAUCUAAAUAAAGCAAUAUCUUAUAAGGUCGACCAGAGAAAGCCUUCUUGUGGCAUAGAUCCACCUUGGAGUUUCAUGUCUGCUUAAUGAGCCACCCCCUCCAGGGGCGCUCCAGUAAGGCACAACACUACACAUAAAUUAUCUUUUUCCCCAUCUCCACACUCAUCUUCCACCCUCAUGUGAUUCACUUUUGAUGCAUGUGACUCUUACGGUUGUUUAUUUGCCACAGCAAAUCUGUCUGAGGAGAAAAAAAAUGUUAGUUGAAGCAAGAUAAAUAAAUAACUGAGAAGAA